AUGGCGAUGGUUCCUUGGCGUGGCAUCAGUUGCUGUUUGAGUGCUGCUGCUCUUUACUUUCUCGGUAGAGCAAGUGGCAGGGAUGCUGAAAUUCUUAAUUCUGUUAGCAGGGUUAAUCAAUUGAGGGAGCUAGCCAAACUCUUGGAUGAGGAAAUACUCCCUUUGGUUGUUGCAAUUUCUGGAAGAGUUGGUUCUGAAACCCCGAUUAGUUGUGAGUUUAGCGGUUUAAGAGGUGUAAUAGUUGAAGAAACGGCUGAGCAACAUUUUCUGAAGCACAAUGAAAAUGGUUCAUGGAUACAAGAUUCUGCGUUAAUGUUAUCCAUGAGUAAAGAGGUUCCUUGGUAUCUGGGUGAUGGAACUGAUCGUGUGCGUGUAGUCGGAGCUCGCGGUGCCACUGGUUUUGUAUUGCCUGUUGGAAGUGAGGCAUUUGAAGAGUCGGGUCGGUCAAUUGUACGUGGAACAUUGGAUUAUCUCCAAGGUCUAAAGAUGCUUGGAGUUAAGAGAAUUGAACGGGUACUUCCAGUUGGAACUUCCUUGACUGUUGUUGGUGAGGCUGCUAAAGACGACGUCGGAACCAUUCGAAUUCAGCGACCCACCAAAGGGCCAUUUUAUGUCUCUCCCAAAACAAUUGAUGAACUUAUUGCAAAUCUUGGGAAAUGGGCGAGGUGGUAUAAGUGCGCUUCUAUGGGCUUGACAUUGUUUGGUGUAUAUCUAAUAGCUAAUCAUGCUAUCCGGUACAUCAUGGAAAGACGCCAUCGCAACGAAAUACAAAAAAGGGUUCUUGCUGCAGCUGCUAAGAUGUCUGGACAAGAUAAUGGAGGUGAAAUUGCUGACAACUUAGAUGGUGCUAAAAGGGAACGCUCAAUGCCAGAUUUGUGUGUAAUAUGCCUCGAGCAGGAAUAUAAUUCCGUUUUUGUUCCGUGUGGGCAUAUGUGCUGCUGUACAGCUUGCUCAUCGCACUUGACCAGUUGCCCUCUUUGCCGGAGACAGAUAGAAAGGGCAGUAAAGACAUUCCGUCAUUGA